AGCAUGUACAACAGAUAUGGUUAAUCAAAAAGUUAUGGUUAGUGGUAAUUUUAAUUUGGAGGAGCUAUUGAAAGCUCUCAAGAAAAAAACUGGCAAAAAGGCAGAAAUCUUAAAGGUGAAUGAGAAAGGUGAUAUGGUUGAGAAAGAAGAUGAUGAACCUGAAAUAGUUCAGGAAGACAAUGAGGAAGAUGAGAUAAUUACAGAGAAUCAUGAAGAACAGAAAAAAACUGAUAAACCUCAAACAAGUACAACAGAAGUCGAAAUUCAUAUGGCAUUUCUAUGUGAGAAGUUUGAGGUAGACGUCGGAAAAGUUAUUUCUAAAUUUGAAGGAGUCAAAACAUGUGCAGUCGAUAUAGAAAAUCAAAAAGUUAUAAUCACGGGUGAUUUUGAUAAGGAAAAAUUAUUGAACAAACUUAAGAAAAAAAUGCGUAAAAGGAUAAACAAAAUGGAGCAGAAGAAAAAGGACAAAGAACCUAUAAAGAAAGAUGAAAAAGUUGAAAUGGAUAGAGAUAUUUAUAUCAACCCAAGUAGUGCUGAUGAAAAAGAGAUGUCCAGAUAUAUGAUGUUUAGUGAUGAAAAUCCUAAUGCAUGUUCUAUUUCGUAAUGAAAUAUAGUCAAACUAAUAUCUAUCAUGAGAAACUUGAUAUGAUAAUGGAUUGUAUUUAUUUGGUGAUACUUUGUUAUUUUCUUUACCUUGAAGUAAUAUAAUGGAGAAAAAUAAUAGUUUGGUUUUAAUUUCCCGUUUUAGUAUAACCUUUAUCUUUUAAAUGCAUUCAGUUAAUAUCAUUUUUAGUUAAUAAUUUGAAAAAAUAUUAAUAAAAGAUCUACUUUCGUCCUAGAACUCGAUUUCAGUAACUUUUAGUUGUUAAGAUUUCAAUUCAAGUUUCAAUUAGACGAAGACUGUCCCCACAUAUAAAUCAAGUUCAACUCCAACUCCGUUAGUAAAUGAUUUGUAAAAGAUCCCAAAACUUAAUCCAUGCAGCUUGACAAGUUUGAUAUAAUUACUGGGUUGGCUGAAAUAUUUUAUCUUUGAAAAAGAGAUAUCUGCUUUAGCCAAAACCUGAAGCUUCUUACGAACUAAAAGAACUUGUUUGUAGAUUAGUUAUCACACUAAAAGAACUUGAAUCCAAUAGACGAUAUCAUAUCACAGACCAAUCUGAGUGCUUGGACUUGGAGAGUUGGAGUCUUCCCUUUUUUGGCUUUAGUGAUCCUACUACUUCUUUAUCUUUCUUAACGAUGAUAAUAUGAUACUAAAAAAAAUUCGUUAUCUUACUAGUACAAUGAUUAAUGACAUAGAAAAUUAGACAUCGAGUAUAAAAAAGAGGUUCAUAUGUUAUUCACAGUAUGUGCAAAGGCCCAAAAGGGCCCAAUCUUUAAAAUCUUUCUCAAAUCACAAAAGAUUCUCCAACGAUUCUAAAAGCAAAAGAACCAUAAAAAUAAGAAAAAAAACAAAAAAUUGUAGAUGGCACUGCACAUUCUUCUGAUUUCUACUUCUUUGGUCAGUUCCGAGUAUCAUGAUUCGGACAGAGAUUAUCGUCCUAAUCAGGAAUAGAGUGGUCGUGCCAACAAAGCAGCAUAGAGACACAUCGCCGAAGGAUGUAAAGCCGAGUUCGUUGCUGCUUAGCCAUUAGUAAGCACCGAUCUCUGAAGCUGGUUUUCCGGUUCGGUUUAGUCUGAGCACAAGGAUUGGACAUAUAAGUGAGAGAGAGAGAGAGAGAGAGAGCAAGAUCGAUUCUUUUUUUUUUCUGGAGGAUGUGAAGAGAGAAGGAAUUGGAGAAUUGAAGAUGAGUGAGUGACGUGAAGAGUAUUUAUAGGAAAAGAGCGUGUGUGUGUGAUGAUGAAGUCGGACGCGGCU